AUGAACGUCCGCGAAGCCCCCCAGUCCGCGCCUCAGGACAUUGAGGUCUACAAUGAUACGACCGACGCGGAGAAGCAGUUCCAGAAGGAACCGGCUCCCGAGGAGGAUCCUUUUGGAAAUGAAGAAUCCGGGGAAGUCAAGUAUCGGGUGAUGAAGUGGUGGCAAGCCGGCAUGCUGAUGGUUGCUGAGAACAUCUCGCUUGGAAUUUUGUCUCUUCCAUCCGCUGUUGCCACUCUGGGAAUCGUCCCCUCCUUCCUGAUUCUUCUCGGACUGUCUGGCAUCUCAUGGUAUACCGGCUACAUCAUGGGCCAGUUCAAGCUGCGCCACCCCCAGGUGCACAGCAUGGGUGAUGCCGGCCAGCUGCUCCUGGGUCCGUUUGGACGGGAGCUGUUCUACUUUGGCCAGCUGCUGUUCAUCAUCUUCCUGAUGGCCAGUCACAUUCUUACCUUCUCUGUGCUGUUCAACACCAUCACCGACCAUGGUACCUGCACCAUCGUCUUCGGCGUUGUCGGCCUGGUUGUCUGCUGUAUCGCCGCUCUGCCCCGAACCUCCGGAAAGGUCUUCUACAUGUCCACCGUCUCUGCCAUCAGUAUCCUGGUUGCGACUGUCGUCACCAUGAUUGACAUUGGAGUCGAGGCUCCCGAAAAUGUUACGAAUGAAAUCACCACCAGCCCCACCUUUGUCGACGCUUUCCUGGCCGUCACCAAUAUCGUCUUCGCCUACAUUGCUCAUGUGUCCUUCUUCGGCAUCAUGUCGGAAAUGGAGGAUGCGCGCGAGUUCCCCAAGGCCCUUGCCAUGCUCCAGGUUGUCGAUACCAUCAUGUACAUCGUGACUGCCAUGGUUAUCUACUGCUAUGCCGGACCCUCCGUUAUGUCCCCGGCUCUGUCCUCGGCUGGUCCUUUGAUGAAGAAGGUUGCCUACGGCCUGGCCAUCCCAACUGUCGUUGUUGCUGGUGUGGUCUUCGGCCAUGUCGCCUGCAAGUAUAUCUAUGUCCGUAUCUUCCGUGGCGAGCGUUCGCACCACAUGCACCAGAACAGCCCCUUGGCUCUGGGUACCUGGGUGGCCAUCGGUCUGAGCACCUGGACUAUUGCCUGGAUCAUUGCCGAGUCGAUUCCCGUUUUCAAUGAUCUGUUGAGUCUUAUUAGCGCCCUUUUCGGUAGCUGGUUUAGCUAUGGCCUCCCCGCAUUGUUCUGGAUCGUCAUGAACAAGGGUCAACUUUUUGACAACUGGAAGAAGAUCACCCUCCUGAUCGUCAACCUCAUUAUCCUUGGAAUUGCCUGUGCCAUCUGCGGUCUUGGACUGUAUGUCUCGGGCAAGUCCAUCAACGAAAGCUCGUCGACCGCCACCUGGACCUGCGCUAACAACGCCACCUAA